CUUGAAAUCCGGGAGCAUAUUCAAAAAUUUCACAUGUCUUCGAACUAUAAUUCACUCAAAAUAGUUUGACAGUAUUUGGAUUCAAUUUCAAACCACUUGGUGUUUGGUAUAGUACAAAACUUGGGUUUGCAUUUUUACACUCUCAUCUCAUCUCUGAUGAUUUAUCUGGCCUCAUUUUCAUAGCGUAUCAAGAUCUAAAUGGAAGAAAUGCAAAUUUAUCGGGAUUAUUCAUUUUGAAGAACAUUAUUUCACAUUUUACGAACAUUUUGUCCAAGUCAUAAUCAACAAUUUUGUAAAAAAAAAUAUGAAUCAUAAACAAAGGCAUUACAAUAACGAAGAGUUUGAUCAAUGUACAAAUAAUGCAAAAGACAGUUUACUUAUGUCUGUGAAAGAUGCACAAGCGAAAGCAACACAAUCACAGAUGAAGGAACAAUCACUGCUAACGCCACCGACACCAAUACCUCCACCAGCUCAAUUACUAUCAUCAUCAACAACGACGUUAACUGGAACAAAUCUUGAACUGAACAAUAAAAGAAAAGACUUGAAAACAAGAAUCAGUGUUAUACUUCAUGCUAAAUUAUUUCAUUUAAUCAUUGUAAUAUUAUGUGCAUUAGAUGGUCUAUUGGUGAUAUGCAUGUUACUAUUGGAGAUUGAAUCACUUAAAUUAAAGCCAAGUCCAUUCCGAUCUCGUUUAAUUCUAACCUCAUUUAUAUUUGAAUGUACAAGUUUUGCAAUUGUGACAUUAUUUCUUAUUGAAAUACCAAUUAAACUAUGGGCAUUUGGAGCUAGAUUUUAUUGUCACCAAUGGAUUGAAAUGUUAGAUGCAUUUGUAUGUAUUGUUAGUUUUGCUGUAGACACUUAUAAUAUUCAUCGACAUGUAACACAUUCUAAAGAUACUGAUGAACAUUAUAAACCACAUGGGGUUAGUGGGACAAAUGAUCAUUUAGUGAAUAAAAGUGUACAAGCUACAAUUGCUGAUGCUGCUGGUCUACUUGUCCUGUUUCGAUUAUGGCGUGUUAUACGUAUUGUAAAUGCUAUUGUUGUCUCUGUGACUGCUACUCAUGAAAGAACAGUAAAAUGUUUAAAAGCAGCACAAACUGUCUCACAAAAACGUAUUGAACAGUUGGAACAAUUACUACAAGAGAAUAACAUACCAAUCCCACCUUUAUCUCCUAAAAGUCAGUCUAUAUUAAUGAAGAAAACUUAAAAGUUAAGUCUAGUUGUGUCGUCGUUUAUUUCUUGUAAUAAUGUGCAUUUACGCUGCUAAAAAUUUGGAUUGUUUUUUUGUCCAGUUUCUAGUGAUCAUUUUAGUCUUUAUUUUCUUUAGUAAACUACUUAGUCUUGUAUUUCAGUAGUAUAAAAUCAUUUGUAAAAAACCUGUUAUUCGUUUCAAUUAGAAUUAUUCAUUUUUAAGUAGAUUUUAAUUUACUAUUUAUUUACUUAGUCUUUCAUAAUCACUUUUCAUUUUUAUUUAUUUAUUCAUUUAUUUAUUCACUUGUCAUUUACAAGAAAUCUGUGAUCUAGUUGCAUUUCAGUUGUUUCAAAUGAAUGAGUAUCUUUCAUGAUAUAAGAGACUCUUCACUUACUAUUAUCUCAUCGCAUCAUAACAAAUUUUUGUUUCCUCAAUGUAUAAAGACAUACAUACAUAUAUAAGUUCUGCUACUGCUGCUGCUGCCAUUAUUGCUUAAAGCUUUGAGCAAUAUUCAUUUAUACAUACACUUGUCAACGUUUCAUUUUUCCCUUGUGAAUAAUUCAUCUAUGUUUAUGUAGUAAUUCAGUUAUUGAACUCAUCAAUAAUAGAUUUUAUUUUCAGC